GAAAGAGUCUGGAAGUGGACCUGAAGAGUUCAGCAGAUAUGGCUGCUGCAAACUAUCUGCAGUCUGAAGAUCAGUUUCUGUGCUCCAUCUGUCUGGAUGUGUUCACUGAUCCUGUCUCCACACCAUGUGGUCACAACUUCUGCCAGAACUGCAUCACUGAUCACUGGAAUACUAAUGACCAGUACCUGUGUCCCCUGUGUAAGGAGGGUUUUACCAGAAGACCUGAUAUGAAGGUUAACACUUUGUUCUCUGAGAUAGUUGCUCAGUUCAGACAGUCAGCUCAACAGAAAGCCAGCAGCAGCAGCUCAGAGCAACAAGUGUCCAAACCAGGAGAAGUUCCCUGUGACGUCUGCACUGGAACCAAACUGAAGACCCUGACGUCCUGCCUGGUGUGUCUGGUCUCCUACUGUGAGACUCACCUGGAGCCUCAUCGGACCAUGUCAGGUCUGAAAAGACAUCAGCUGAUCGACCCUGUGGAGAACCUGGAAGGCAGGAUGUGUACGGAGCACGAUAAACCUCUGGAGCUGUUCUGUAAGACCGACCAGACAUGUGUCUGCAUGCUCUGCACUGUUUUAGACCACAAGACACAUGAUGUUGUUCCUCUGAAAGAAGAAUAUGAAGGAAAGAAGGCAGAGCUGGGGAAGACAGAGGCUGAAAUUCAGCAGAUGAUCCAGAAGAGACGACUGAAGAUUCAGGAGAUCAAACAGUCUGUGGACCUCAGUGAGAAAACUGCAGACAGAGAGAUAGCGGAAGGUGUUCAGGUCUUCACUUCUCUGAAGGAGUCUGUUGAGAGAGGCCUGAAUGAGCUCAUCAACACCAUCAAAGAGAAGCAGAAAACAACAGAAAAACAGGCCAAAGCUUUUAUCACAGAGCUGGAACAGGAAAUCUCUGAGCUGAUGAAGAGAAGAACUGAGGUGGAGCAGCUCUCACGCUCUGAAGACCACCUCCAUCUUCUCCAGAGGGUCCAGUCCCUAAACAUCCAACAACCUCCACCCACCAAGAACUGGACGGAGGUCAGCGUCCGUCCAUCAUCAUAUGAGGGGACUGUGGUGAAAGCUGUGGUUCAGCUGGAGGAGACAAUCAGUAAAGAGAUGAAGAAGCUGCUUGAAGCCGAGCUGAAGAGGGUCCAGCAGUAUGCAGUGGAUGUGACUCUUGAUCCUGAUACAGCACAUCCUAAUCUCAUCCUGUGUGAUGAUGGAAAACAAGUGAAUGAUAGUGAUCUGAGGAAGAAUCUCCCGGACAACCCAGAGAGAUUUUUUGAGUAUGCUAGUGUUUUAGGAAAACAGAGUUUCUCUUCAGGCAGAUUUUACUUUGAGGUUCAAGUUAAAGGAAAGACUAAAUGGGAAUUAGGAGUGGCCAGAGAGUCCAUCAACAGGAAGGGAGACAUCCCACUAGCACCUCAGAAUGGUUACUGGACGAUAUGGUUGAGAAAUGGAAAUGAAUACAGAGCUCUUGCUGGCCCUGGUGUCCUUCUCUCUCUGAAGUCUCCUCCUCAGAAGGUGGGGGUGUUUGGGGACUAUGAGGAGGGUCUGGUCUCCUUUCAUGACGUAGAUGCUGCAGCUCUUAUCUACUCCUUUACUGGCUGCUCCUUCACUGAGAAACUCUUCCCAUACUUUAGUCCAUGCAAUAACGAUUGUGGUAAAAACUCUGCCCCUCUGAUCAUCUCUCCUGUCAGAGUAAACUAAUCACUGAUCUCAUUUCAGGUAUUGAUUCAUUUUCAAUCAAGGGAACAAAUGUACAUAUUCAUAUAUUUUACAUCUUAUUUUCUACAGAAUCUGUUUUCUGUGGUGACUGAUUUACACUUUUUUCCAUUUAUUAUCAUAUGUUAAAUGUGCAGCAAUUCUUUACAAAUUGAAUCAAACUUCAUCUUGACAUAUUUGGUGUCUUUAGAAACUGAUUUCUUCUGGAAGUUAUAAUAAAUGUCUGUGGGUUUAACAGAGGUUUAAAUAGAUAUCGUCUACAUAACGUGUGUCAUGAUCUAUCAAAUUAAUGUGUUGAUUAUGUAAUCAGAUCCACAUUUAUUAAUAUUUGAUGAGCAGCCCCAGAAAACAUAUAGCUGAAUAUUUGAUUGUGUGAUGAAGCUUCAUUUAAGAGUGAGGCCUAUUCCAUCCCAUAAUGUCUCCAGAACACAGUAUGUGUCCUUGUUAUACCGGGUAGAAAAAGUUAAUGGAUGCUUCUAUCUUGUGUGAAAAGUCUUUUGGAUAAUUACUGGUCACUUUGGCCAUUUUUUAUUGGUUUCAUGAAUUCUGUAAGAUGGUUUAUGAGUCAAAGAAAUGUGUAAAUAUGUGAUUGUAGAAUAAAAAGUGUAAAAUAAAGCAGGUGUUGAACACAAGGCCUGAGGAAGCAGUGACUUCAUCACUAGAGGAAAUGUUCAGGAAGCAGAGCUUUGUCAGCACUGCUGGUCUUUAAUAAAAACUGGUCUACACAA